UCUCUUCAAUUCCAAUUCCUGCUCCUCUGAAGAAAACCGCAGAAGGCACCAUGGGUCAGAAGAACGACAAAGGAGGAAAGGGGAAGAACGGGAAGGAGAAGCAGUCUUCGACGGUUGUUUUGAAGGUGGAUUUUCAUUGUGAUGGUUGCGCCUCCAAAAUCGAAAAUAUCCUCAACGGUUUGAAAGGAGUUGAGAGUGUGCAAAUUGACCCCAGCGCGAACAAAGUGACGGUGGUCGGAGCUGUGGAUCCGGCAGCGCUUCGGAAGAAACUGAAUCAGAAAACGAAGAAGCAAGUCGACAUCAUUUCUCCCCAACCCAAGAAAGACAACUUAGAGAAGGAGAAAAAACCAGAGAAGGAGAAAAAACCAGCUGAUGAUAAGAAGAAAGAGACUCCGGCGAAGACGGUGGUGUUGAAGCUGCAGCUGCACUGUCAGGGCUGCAUCGACAAUAUUCGGAAGACAAUUUCGAAAACCAAAGGUUUCCACGAGAUGUCAAUUGACGAGCAGAAGGAUCUGGUGACGGUGAAGGGAACGAUGGACGUCGAGGGCUUGAGGGAGGCUCUGAAGGAGAAACUGAAAAGACCCGUCGAGAUUGUGCCACCGAAGAAAGAGAAGGACGGCGGCAGCAGUGAUAAGAAUAAAAACAAAGGCAAUGGCGGCGAUGGAGACGGUGGAAAAGAGGCUGCCCAUAACAUUGGUGAUGUAAGACAGGAGGAGGGCAGACUGCUGUACAUGGUUCAACCGGGUUUCCGAUGCGGAUAUCCAUUUGAGCAAGGGUAUGGGGUGUGUUUCCCCGCAUAUGGUCUGGGUCCUGGUUUCCCACCAUAUCCUCCGGCUCCGGUUUGCCCGGUCCUUGUGCAUGUGAACCAGAUAUUCAGUGAUGAGAAUCCGAAUGCAUGCUCUAUCUUGUAAGGAUGAAGAUCGAAGAAGAAUGGGAAAAUACCAAAAUUGCAAAAAAAGGAAAAAAAGAAAAAAAGAAGAAGCAAAUAAAGAAAUAGUAUAGGGUUUAUGAGGGACUUUUAAAAUAGUAAUUUUGGGGUCAACUGUAAAGGAGCUCAAAUGGCCUUUGUGUCUUUGAUUACUUACAGUACUAUAAUAACCUUGGGAUUAUGUCCUGAUGUUGCGAAUGGAAUUUUAAUGUUUUUCAGUGACAAGUUUGGUAUAUUUAGCCAUUUGGGCAACCUGGGUGUUUAUAUAGAUGUUUGUGAAAAUUUCUAGCUGAGCUAGAGUCUACUCUUAGUUUUAGGGAGGCGGUGGCCAAUGCAUGGAAGGAAAGAAGAGAGGACGAGAAUGAGGCCAAAUUGGCUUUUUCUUGCUGGGUAACCACAUGGAUGUGGACAUGUUUUUGUUUUAAUAUAGUGAGAGCAUGGUGUUUUUCCAUCAAUGGGUCUUUGUUUUUUGUCCAGAUCUUGUGAAGGGGGAGCAUUUGCAGCAUUUACUGGAACGUACGCAGGCUCUCUUGCACCAUGAAAAAGGUUACUGUGCUUCACUGUUUGUACAGCAACAGCAGCAGCAUCACUCCCCCUCCCCCUUUUGCUCCUGUUACCAUCGCUUUUAUACAGCUGGGAGAAAACUACAAAUACUAGAAAAACAAAUAAACAAAGUUCAAUACAGAUGUUACUCUUAU